UAGCUCGCAAGCUCUGAGCAAACACUGCCUGGGACCAGUUCAAACUCCACAUCUUAAUGUUCCCAGCUAAGGGAUACCUCUGAGGCGGUGCUCUCACUCACUUCAGCCUGCCGGUCUCUGCAUGGCAACAGGCGCGAGGGAUUCCCCCCCGUGCGACGCCACUCUGUCUUCCCCUCCAGACCUGUUUCCACUUUUCACUGAGUGACCGUGGAGUCGGCGCGCCCAGCCCAUCAGCGCCGGCAUGUUUGGGAACGCAGUAUAGCACGGACAGAAACUUCAACCAAACGGAACAUUUAAGCAAACACAACCGUUCCUAUCACGGAGCGAUCGACAGGACUCCACAUCUAUAUUUUCAUUGAUGAGGCAGCCUCCAAAUGACGUCGAGAUGGCAUUAGGUGGGACGCUUCUGCCAUCCAUAUCCACGUUUGCCAGCGGCCCCACUGUCAAGAGUGAACCCAUAGGAAGUGCCAAUUUAAGAUGGAAGGAGGAGUUGUCCCGUCUUAAGAGACCCAGUGUGCCAACCGGAAGCAGCUGCUCCGACCCCGACCAUCCCACUGCCACCAGUGCAACAAGCCCCAGCAUGUCCAAGAAGGACACAGAGCCAGACCUGGACUUAGAUUAUGAUUUCAUCCUGUCUAAUUCCAUGCUGCAGCAACAACAACAGCAACAACAACAACAACAGCAGCAGCAGGAGGAAGCCAUGGCGUGCAGCUCUACCCAGGCCCUGUCUCCUUCACCUGGAUCCUUCUCGUCUUCUUACCCUCUUCCCUCCCCCCAGGGCACGGCCAGCGAGCUACUAUACACCAUUCCAGAUAUCAAUGAUGUCUCACCGUCUGGGGGCUUUGUUGCCGAGCUCAUGAGACCUGAACUGGACCCGGCGUACCUCCACCCCACCAGCCUCCAUGGCAAGUUUGUGGUGAAGACAACAAUGGACAUGGGAGAGUACAACCAAACAGUGAGUGUGAGCAAGGCCUGUGUUAGCGCCGGUUCAGACCCGGCUCCUUUACGCGUCUCCCCUUCCUUCACAUGCCACCGGAUAAAGCAAGAGAACCCCAGUAACUGCACCAUCUCGCAGCCCAUGGACCUACACCUGGCGGGGGUGGUAAACUCCCAGAGCAGGGGCACCCAGCAGCGGCCUGGUCACUUAGAUCUACACGGCUUCACCGGUGGCGGAGGGCGGGCUAUGACUGGGAGCAGGUUAUCCUCGUCCUCUUCGCUCUCCCCAGAUCACCCUCUGGGUCGGGAGCAUCAGGUGUUGGGUCAUCCCCACUCUCAGAUCCCUUUACCUCCACAGGGAUACCACCACAGCCCCCCGCAAGGAUACACCUCCUACCCUCAGCCGUCCUCUUUACCGUACCAAGAGCCACUCAUGAUCUCCAGUGGGGAGUGCUUGCCGGAGGAACCGAAGCCUAAACGUGGCAGGCGCUCCUGGCCCAGGAAGAGGAUCGCAACACACACAUGUGACUACAUCGGCUGUGGGAAAACGUACACAAAGAGCUCCCACCUUAAAGCUCAUCACCGCACACACACAGGGGAGAAGCCUUACCACUGCGACUGGGAGGGCUGUGGCUGGAAGUUUGCACGUUCGGAUGAGCUCACACGCCACUACAGGAAGCACACGGGACACCGGCCCUUUCAGUGUCAGAAAUGUGACCGGGCCUUCUCCAGGUCCGACCACCUGGCUCUCCACAUGAAGAGGCACUUAUGAGACCGACUGGAUGGUGGAUGAAGGCUACAAAUAAUAUAUUAAACAUGUUAGCAAAACAAACUUGUGAACUACACUUUUCAGAAACCAAAAACAUGCCUUCAUGCCGUCGUCAAGCAGCAAGACAAGCUGUGGUGUUCACAGCUAAA